CCUCGACGCCAUCCACACCCCUCGAUCCCAUAUCUCAGCGCGCCCGCUCGACUUGUAUCGCGACCAUGGCCUCGACCGCCCUCGUUGAUGCCGACAUGGCGCCGACACUCCAAUCUAUCCUCGACCAGAAGACACUUCGGUGGAUAUUCGUUGGUGGAAAAGGUGGUGUAGGAAAGACGACGACAUCGUGUUCACUCGCCAUCCAACUCGCAAAGCACCGCAGAUCAGUCCUCCUCAUUUCCACCGACCCCGCCCACAAUCUAUCGGAUGCCUUCAACCAAAAGUUUGGCAAGGACGCGCGACUCAUCAAUGGCUUCGAUAACCUCAGCGCCAUGGAGAUUGAUCCCAACGGCAGUAUACAGGAUCUGUUGGCAAGUGGAGCAGAAGAGGGUCAGGAUCCUAUGGCUGGCCUAGGCGGAAUGGGCAGUAUGAUGCAGGACUUAGCAUUCAGCAUACCUGGUGUAGACGAAGCCAUGUCGUUUGCCGAAGUGUUGAAGCAGGUCAAGUCCAUGUCGUACGAAGUCAUCAUUUUCGACACGGCACCUACCGGACACACGCUCCGCUUCCUCCAGUUCCCCACUGUCAUGGAGAAGGCCCUUUCCAAGGUCUCCCAGCUCUCCCGCCAGUUUGGGCCCAUGCUGAACUCCUUCCUCGGCUCGUCUGGUAGACUACCAAACGGACAGAACAUGGACGAGUUGAUUCAGAAAAUGGAGGCGUUGCGUGAGACGAUAGGCGAGGUCAACGGCCAAUUCAAGGACGCCGACCUUACAACAUUUGUCUGUGUCUGCAUUCCCGAGUUCCUUAGUCUGUACGAGACGGAGCGCAUGAUUCAAGAACUCAACAGCUACGAGAUCGAUACACACUCGAUUGUCGUCAACCAGCUGCUGUUCCCCAAGCAAAGCAACCCCUGCGAGCAAUGCAACGCGCGGCGGAAAAUGCAAAAGAAGUACCUUGACCAGAUCGAAGAACUGUAUGAUGAGUUCAACGUGGUCAAGAUGCCAUUGUUGGUUGAGGAGGUGCGAGGCAAAGAAAAACUUGAGAAAUUCAGCGAAAUGCUCGUGAACCCCUUCGUACCUCCGCAGUAAGUCCGCGCAUCCAACGGCACAAAGGGCCGCAUGCAAGCAACCGAGGCCACAUUCGCGACGCUCAGGCACCACAGAGCGGUGGUUUUGUUUUUCGCCGACGACUUGCCGUCUCCACCCUACGGUAAUUUGCACGAGUAUUCAGGUUUUCUUUUUCCACGUUGACCGUUUUCCCCCACACUUCACGACUCGAGGAGAACGGAGAAUGGUACCUUUAGCGACUAGCUUCGAUCUAUGGCGGCAGUAAAUACAUGAAUUGAAAUCGCUACUACCAAGAUAGUUACCAACUGUUUCCGCUUUGUUGUACAUGUCCGUUGACAGCUGACUCCGGGUACCUUACGCCUUAUUGGAACAAUGUGGCAUGUUCCUGUUUGUGGAU